AUGCCCCUUGCAGGAACUCCAGCUCCUAUCAAGACGAAAAAGUCCACUAAACUCAUUGGGGAACUAACUCGUGAAGUCAUGCCACAAGAAGGGUCCAAGCUGAACUUGGGGAAGAAGAUCAGCAUCCCCAGGGAUGUGAUGCUAGAAGAACUCUCACUCCUCACCAACAAAGGAUCCAAGAUGUUCAAACUACGCCAGCUGAGGGUAGAGAAAUUCAUUUAUGAGAAUCACCCCGACAUCUUCAGUGACAGUUCUGUGGAUCACUUUCAGAAGUUCAUCCCUGCUGUUGGAGGACAUUAUGGAGGAGAAGCUCAUGGUUACUUGCACAGUGGUGGGCGGAUGGUGGGUGGAGUAACUGCAGGGCAGUAUGGAUCUAGUAAGCUGCACUAUCCCCCUGCCCCUCCUCCUAAGCCUGGGAGCAAAGGCGGUGCUGGAGGCACUGAAGCUGAUCAUGCCAGGGGCUCAGCCGGAAGUGGGGGAGGAGUGGAUGGUGAAGGAAGUGAUGCUGCUGGAAAAGGCAAUGCUGCAGGUGAAAAGUCAGGAGGUGGGAAAAAAGUCUCUGUCUUUAAGACCUAUAUCUCUCCAUGGGAGCGAGCUAUGGGCAUAAGCCCUCAGGAGAAAAGUCAAUUCACCAUUGACUUGUUGUCGUAUGGUCCCAAAGCUGAACUCCCCCAUUACAAAUCUUUUAACAGGACUGCCAUGCCUUAUGGUGGGUACGAGAAGGCACGCAAGCUGAUGACCUUCCAGAUGCCUGAGUUUGAUGUUGGUCCUUUAGUGCCAGAACCCAUCAUUGUCUAUAAUCAAGAAAUCAACACAAGACCCUCCUUCAACAGGACCCCAAUCCCCUGGCAGGCAUCAGGAGAACCCACGGAGUACAACAUCGAGAUCAAAGUGCCGAUGGACGGUGAAACAGAAGAGCUAUAA